AUGUUGGAGGACAAAUCACUUAGAAUUAUUAAUCUAAAAAUGGUGCAUUUCACAUCAGAUGAAUUAAAAUCCCUUUUAGAUAACUACACGAGUCUUUCAAACAUUCCUACAUUAUUAAAUGAACUGACUGGAAAACAACUUAUCGCUUUGGAGGUUAAAUACUUUUUCAAUGAUCUGGAUAAGUAA